AUGCAACUUCCUGGCUUUGUCCAAGAGCCGGCCGUCCAACUGAUAGGAGAUAAAUGUUAUACCUCACUAGUCGAACAGUUUAAUGUUGGCGACGUCGACUGUAUGAAACUUGUUCUCUCAAAAGUACUUGGUCUUGGGAUUGUUGUGGGUGGCUCGCUCUUGAAGUUCCCGCAAAUUGUCAAGAUAAUUUCCAAUGGAUCAGCACAGGGCUUGAGCUUCGAGAGUUAUGUACUAGAAACGGCCGCAUACGCUAUCAGUGUUGCAUACAACUACAGACAACAGAAUCCCUUUAGUACUUUUGGGGAAAGUGUCUUUCUGACAAUUCAGGACAUUAUUAUCUUACUACUGAUAUUAAACUAUCGCAAGAGUCCAAGGUUACUGUUUGCUGCUGGACUGAUUAUUGUCACUUUAAGUUAUGUUCUCAGUAACGCAUCCAUAGUCAAUGACACAAUGAUAGCAUGGUUACAAGUAGCAGCUAUUCCAACAGGGCUUGUAUCAAAAAUUCCUCAAAUCUACACAAAUUAUGUUAAUGGGAGUACUGGACAGUUAUCGGCACUUGCUGUAUUUGGGUAUAUGGCAGGAUCUUUGGCAAGAAUAUUUACUACCAUUACCGAAGUGGAUGACCUGAUUAUCUUGACAGGAUUUUUGCUGUCUACGGCGUUGAACGCUAUUUUGACACUUCAAAUGAUUAUAUAUUGGCAUUCCGAUAAGCUGUCUCCGAAGAAAGAGGAGUGA